AUGGCAGGAGGAGCAAUCAUCAACACGGCCGGGGCAAAAGACUACCCCGGAAACAUGACUCUCUUUGUCUUCUUGACCUGUCUUGUGGCCGCAACCGGAGGCCUCAUCUUUGGUUAUGACAUUGGCAUCUCAGGUGGUGUGACAUCAAUGGAUUCGUUUCUGAAGAAGUUUUUCCCAUCAGUUUACAGCAAGGAGCUGGCAAGUCAUAGCACCAACCAGUACUGCAAGUUUGAUUCUCAGGUGCUUACUAGUUUCACUUCUUCGCUCUAUCUGGCUGCGUUGAUAGCUUCUUUCUUCGCUAGUACAGUCACUAGGGUGUUUGGAAGGAAGUGGUCCAUGCUUGGUGGUGGUGUCGUCUUCUUGGUUGGUUCUGCCAUCAAUGGCGCUGCCAAGAACAUCGCCAUGCUCAUCAUUGGCCGUAUCUUACUUGGAAUUGGUGUUGGUUUUGCCAAUCAGUCUGUUCCACUAUAUCUCUCUGAAAUGGCCCCGGCGCGCCGACGUGGUUUGCUCAACAUGGGAUUCCAAUUGAUGAUCACUAUUGGCAUUCUUGUUGCCAACCUCAUCAACUAUGGAACUGCAAAAAUCAGUGGAGGGUGGGGCUGGAGAAUCAGCCUUGCUCUUGCUGCUGUCCCUGCAGCGAUUAUCACUAUAGGUUCUUUGUUCCUCCCUGAUACUCCUAACUCACUUAUUGAGCGCGGUCAUGAUGAGAAGGCUAUGAACAUGCUUCGCCGUAUUCGUGGCACUGAUGACGUGACUAUAGAGUACAAUGAUCUCGUCGUUGCUAGUGAGGAGUCCAAGGCUGUGAAACACCCAUGGAAGAACAUCAUCCAAAGGAAGUAUAGGGCCCAACUCACUAUGGUCAUCCUCAUCCCUUUUUUCCAGCAGUUGACAGGCAUUAAUGUUAUCAUGUUUUAUGCACCUGUGCUUUUCAAGACAAUUGGCUUUGGAGACAAUGCUUCUCUUAUGUCUGCAGUUAUUUCUGGUGUUGUCAAUGUCUUUGCUACCUUUGUUUCCAUCUUUUCUGUUGACAAGUAUGGUAGAAGGCUUCUCUUCUUGGAGGGUGGAAUUCAAAUGACCAUCUGUCAAAUUAUUGUUGGAACACUACUUGCUGCCAAAUUUGGGAUAAGUGGAGAAGGACAUUUGUCCAAAACUUAUGCAAGCUUUGUGGUGCUAUUCAUAUGCAUCUAUGUUGCAGGCUUUGCAUGGUCUUGGGGACCUCUUGGGUGGCUAGUCCCUAGUGAGAUAUUGCCUUUAGAAAUCCGGUCUGCUGGACAAAGUAUCAAUGUCUCUGUGAACAUGCUUUUUACUUUCCUCAUCGCACAAGUGUUUCUCUCCAUGCUUUGCCACAUGAAAUUUGGUCUCUUCUAUUUUUUUUCUGGAUGGGUGAUGAUUAUGACUAUCUUCAUUUAUUAUUUCUUACCGGAAACUAAGAACAUGCCUAUUGAGGAGAUGGUCCUUGUGUGGAAGAAACAUUGGUUUUGGGGGAAGUUCAUUGCUGAUAAUGAAGUUCAUGUGGGCGAUCUAGAGAUGGGCAAUGGCGGCAGGUCUAUUUCCGUGUGAUCUUCUUCUUUGAUGAUAAACUGAAACUAUCAUGUUCUUGGAUAUAAGUA